AAAAGCCCUCAUGCAAAGAGCGAAGAGGCGGCGCCGGCGUUACCGGAAGAUAGUCGGCAUCUCACCUCCCUAUAAUACUUACCUAAUGCACUUGGGAUACGCUCGACGAUCUCUUCUCCAUGGAACGUAUUCGGCUUGUCCAUAGUUGCAUGCAGAUGUUGUACCAGAUUUCAAUAGAGUCGUGUAUCACCUUAUGAUUACUGAUGGUGAAAGGACCCUGUAGACAGAAGAGGUGUCUGCCAUCCUGCUUGUCGAGGUCAAGCAUUUUCUAGGCACUGAGAAAUGCUUAGCAUGCUUGGUUUCAGCUGAGCCAAUCACCCUUUGAUGCCUGGAGCCGGGGCGAGUUCAAGGGCGCUUCGGAGCAAUGAGGGGCCGCAAGAGGUUUCCGCGUUCUUGAGCCUCUGGGCGCGUCAAAUGCAGCAAAGGGUACGAACUCGUCAACAUCGCAUGCAAUUGUGCCUGCGAGACGCCUCUCACUGCUUCAACGCUGAAGCCGAUUUAUCGAUCAUCAAGCCAACUCUCCCAAUGGCAUUUCCUCACCCCUCAGGCCUUCUCCCUACAGAAGUGGCCUUCCUCUGCGAGAUGGAGCAAAUCACCAUCAUCCCACGACAGCGCCUCGAUCGUCUAGACUUACUCGGCGGACCUACCAAACCUCUCAUACCUCCUCAGCGCACGACGCUUCCUUUAUGGCUUGCGAUCCUGUUGAAACGGCAACGGCGCGCCAAUAUCAUACCCCCGCCAUGGUUGUAUAUCGAAAACCUCGAAGAAAUUCUCGACAUCGAAACAAGACAUUUUACAGAUACAUUCUCUCCUGCCCCGCAGAUACCGGUGACGCGACAGACAGAUCAUUCUGGGAAACCGUUCUACGCCUCCCCGCCUUUUGUGGGCUCCUGUACGGUGAACACUGCGCCCACGGCCCUGCCCUAUCAUUGGUAUGAACUUUCAGAGAUGUUGCUCGAGGCAGCAACCGAUGACGUAUCAGAGCCGGAUAGAGUACGCCAGCUUCUUAGAGAUAUCAGAGAAGUUCGCUUAGCGAAAAUGCGAAAAGAGGUUGACCAACUAUCAGGGGACGGAGAAGGUACACGGCUCGAUGGAGUUGGUGCAAUGGAGAUAUCGGAGUCCAGAGGCUUCGUCACAGGAGUUAUGGACGGACUGAGGAAACUCGACGCCAGCCGGGAACAGGCCAGACGGGAACGAGAAGAGGAGGAGAGAGAAAACCGAAGAUAUGACGAUGACGACGACGAAAUGACCUAAAGUACUUGUUCAAAAUGUAUGAGAAAAAUUGUAUAUUGAGUUAUGGACAUCCAAAUCAUUAGAGGGAUAUUUCAAGAAUCGCCAGGAAAGCAACAUCCCCAGACCAAAGAAGAGCCAACAACUUUAACAGUCGGCCACUGCUGCAAACUUCCAGCCCAAGUGUGUUUUGUGUACGACACACUGGACCCAAUCGCGCCUAUAUCAACAAGACUCAUCUCGGAGAUCCUGCGUAUCAUUUAAUCUGCGGGGUGUGUCGCCCUGAACGGAAUUUGUUCACAACGAAGAGCUGUGCAAGGCAGAAGCCGGAAAGUGUCAUGAAGACGGAAAAGCGGGCGUUCCUUGAUCCCUCUCCUGCAGCUUUCUUCUGGCCUCCAGGAUCAUUUCGUCCCGUCUUCGCUGCAACAUUUUCUGGCGGGCUUCUUUGCUACUCGCCCAACCCGGCGCAGGUGAGUCUUCCUCCUUUUCUUUGCCCUUUGCAUUUACUUUGGCUUGGAGGUUGUACCGCGUGAUCAGAUCGGGCGGGAGUGACUUUAAGGGUGGCGUUGUAGAUGAGUUUGUAGUGUUUGCAGGUGGAUUCGUGAAUGAGAUAGGUGGUUGGAACGACGGCGGCGCCUGUG